AAUCACUUCUGUUCUAAGUUAGAGCUUCAAACAAAUUUCUAUAAAUGUGGUUCUUCUUCUUUUUGCUGUUGCAAGUUCCAUUGGUUUUGCCUGAAAAUAUCAGCACAAGUGAUCAGUUUCCGGAACCAACUUAUAGUCAUCUAAGUGCGUAUCUAGUUUCGUUGCGGACUCGCAGAUAUAUACACACACCUGGAGACAAUCACUUCUGUACUGGAGUAAUCCUAACCAGUCGACAUGUGCUUACCUCAGCACAUUGCAUCACGGAUAAAAAAGGUAUGAUGAUGAACCCUAGGCGAAUUGUGGUGGCCCUGUGCGCGGCUGUCUUCAAAAGCCCUGAGCCAGAAGAAUUUCUUGUUGAAAUUGACAGUAUGGUUAUCUAUCCCUAUUAUAAUAGAAACAAACAAGAUGAUAUAGCUGUCAUCAAGCUAAAGAGAACUAUCAAAUUUGAUGGCUAUCAUUUGGCAAAAGCUGUCAUAGGAAAUGCAUCACUGGAUGUGGGCAAUGAUUGCAAGACUGUUGGAGGAAACUUUGGCAUACGAAGACAAAGAUUUGGAUCAUUUCACAACAUGUUGUUCGUUAAUGUCGAACUGCGACCAUUUGCGGAUUGUUUAAGUGCCAAAAAAGAUCUGGGGGAGACUGUGGAGGACAAUGCCGAUCUCAUUUGUGUUAAGUCCUUGGAACACCUUGUUUGUACCACCGAUUUUGGGGGUCCACUUUUCUGCGAUGGUCAGCUCUAUGGAAUUGCUCUGGGCACAGUUAAUUGCUCUAGCGCGGAUCCGGUUUUCUUCAGUGACGUGUCUUUCUACAGCAGCUGGAUGAAGAAAAUGAUAUCUCAGGGAGUGGAGCUGCAGCCACAUCAUAAAUGGAUAUUUGCCUUCGCUUUCCUCACCUGUAUUUUGGGCAACUUUCACCUGCGGCAGCAAGUGGAUAUCUAAAUCUCUCGAAAAAGGAAAAAUUGCCAGCCGCUAAGCUUCCCCUCGCAAUUAAUGGAAAAUUGAGGAAAACCCUUGGAAACUUUCGCCUGUAAUGCACCUGUGUGCCACGUGUGGCAAAUGUCACGUUCACUUUUCCCCCAGAAAACAGAAAAAACCGCACUGACUUUCCAUUCAACUCUAACAACAAUAUUUUCGGUUGUUGCCAAACUCUUUUGCACUUUUGCAUUAAUCAAAGAGAAAAAGAAACUGCCGAAAAAAGCUUAAUAAAUUUGUACAUAAAACAUGAUUGAUAAAGGCCAUAAAUAAUCUCAAUAAUAAAUAGAAAAUUGGUCAAGAAAAAAGUAAAAGGCCGCGACACGGCAAUUUGAUGUAACAACCAAUCAUUAUUAAUAGCCACGAAGCGCCGUAUAAAAACCGACCCGUAAAGGUAAAAAGAAAUUGCGCACACACGCGAUAAUGUUGGCCGAAAAAGAAAAGCCAGAAGUUACCAAUAACAAGUUUUUCGCCCAACUCUUGUUGCUUAACUCCCAUUGACUUUGAGUUCAAGACCCGCUGUCAGUCGUCGGAUGGAAAGCCAGCCAUAAAUCAGUAAUAAUUAUCUUUUUUGUUGCUCUGCAAUUGCCCGAAUGCAGGUAGCUGGUAUCACAAAAGCUGAUAAAUCGAUGCUGAUAAAUUGAAAAUUACCAGCCAAGCGAUAUAUAAUGGCCUGGAUGAUAAGCUCACCGAUUGCAUACACAAAUGUACAUGUAAUCGAGCGCACAGCAUUUGAUUUUCCUUUUAUAGUGCUUAAAUUGCAUACCAAUUUGUGGUAGACAGCAGCCCAGACAUUUG